GGCCUUGGGGAGGGGCUUAGCCCAACUACCCGACUUCCGUGACACUGUAAACACAGAAAGACAAAGUCCAUUUGGAUGGAAGUGGGAGCGGAGUGAAAAGGGCCAUUUUGACUCAAGGGUCCAAGGAAAUGACUGGUCUGACGGCCUGGGAGCCAGGGUUCCCAGGUACGGCCGCUCACCUUGGGACUAGCAGGGUUUAAGGAUAACUCUGGGGCCACGAUGGCCAUGAUUCUCACAGUGGACCCCAGAAUUCUGCAUUAUGAGCAAUGUCAGGUGCCACUGGACUUGUUCUGAGACCCCUUCCCUAAAGGAUGGCCAAGGGGCUCCUGGUGACCUAUGCCCUCUGGGCUGUAGGGGGCCCUGCUGGGCUCCACCACCUGUACCUUGGACGGGAUAGUCACGCACUGCUCUGGAUGCUUACCCUUGGGGGUGGUGGCCUGGGUUGGCUCUGGGAGUUUUGGAAGCUACCAAGCUUUGUAGCUCAGGCCAACAGAGCCCAGGGGCAGAGGCAGAGGUCAGGAGGAGGGACACCCCCUCUGAGUCUCAUUCGCUUUGCUGCCCAGAUGAUAGUGGGCAUCUAUUUUGGCCUUGUGGCUCUAAUUAGCCUUUCCUUCAUGACCAGCUUCUAUAUUGUGGGCCUCCCACUGGCAGUUGGCUUAGGGGUCUUGCUGGUGGCUGCUGUUGGCAACCAGACGUCAGACUUUAAGAACACUCUUGUGGCGGCAUUUCUUACUUCCCCUAUCUUCUAUGGCCGCCCCAUCGCCAUCCUGCCCAUCAGCCUGGCAGCCAGCAUCACAGCCCAGAAGCAUCGCCGCUACAAAGCUUCAGCUGGGUCAGAGACGCUCAGUGUGCGGCUCUACCGCCUGGGCUUAGCUUACCUUGCUUUCACCGGCCCGCUAGCAUACAGUGCCCUCUGCAACACAGCUGCCACCAUCAGCUAUGUGGCAGAGACCCUUGGUUCCUUCUUGAGUUGGUUCAGCUUCUUCCCCCUCCUUGGCCGCCUCAUGGAAUCUGUUCUCCUCCUGCCUUACCGAGUCUGGAGCCUGCUCGUGGGGGAUCCUGGCUUCAGCAGCAACUACUUCCAGGAGUGGGAGAAGCUCUAUGAGUUUGUUCGCAGUUUUCAGGAUGAGAAGCAUCAGCUGGCUUUCCAGGUUUUGGGUCUCGUAGAGGGGGCAACAAAUGAAGAAAUACAUCAGAGAUACCGGGAGCUAGUGAAAAUCUGGCACCCUGACCAUAACCGGCACCAGACAGAGGAGGCUCAGAGGCACUUCAUGGAGAUCCAGGCUGCAUAUGAAGUCCUGAGUCAGCCCCGGAAGCCCAGGGGAUCCUGGAGGUGGGGAUAAACUUCCCUUUAAGGAUGGACUCUUCCCGUUAGAGCUGGGUGGCUUGUCCCAGCACAGCUUUGCCCAUGCAAGGCACCCAACAGCAUUAAAGAAACUGUAGGCUUGUAGUGGAGAAGAAAUACCUUAAAGGUGUGAGAAAGCUAUUGUGAUGGAAGAAUGUAUUUAUGUAUUGAAUUUCGGAGUUCUUGGC